GUGAAAGUGAGCCUUUGCGAGGAUAACUUCAAAGAAAGGGCGGAGAUCCGAAGGCGGAAAUAAGGCUGAACGAAUUGGAGGUCUGGGCGCGCAUCACCAUCUCGCUCGCGACUUACACUGAGCGUUCCGUAUCAAAAAAUCCGAUAGCUCACAUCCGGCUUUGGACGCAUACGCUUUGGAACGUCUUUGGACUUUCGUCCCCUUUUUAAUUCCUGCUCUUUCCAUCUUCUAUCUCUCAAUCUGCUCCUGUCUUCUCCGUCCACAUCCUCUACAAUGGCAGACCGACCCUCAACGCCACCACAGGCAACCCGCUCCUCUGGCAGACUCCCCCCAAACCCGCUCACCCCGGAGCAAAUUCGAAGAAUGGAAGAAGCCCGCCUAAAAGCCAAAGCCCUCGCGCAAUCCACCACCACCAAAAUGACAACCCCGACCGCCCCCCAGCCCGUCCCAGUCUCCGGCACGAAACGUCCCUACUCCUCUCUAGCUCCCUCCUCUGUCCCUAAAACCUCCCGCAUCGUAUCCACCAGCACUAACACCGGAAUGACACAACCGCCUUCCAAUGACUUCAUCCAGCCGGCCAAAAACUUCGGCCGCUCCGAGUACAUCGAAUAUGACUUUUCUAAAAUGACGGACACGAAGGGUGGGUUUUUGAGUACGAUCGAUGAUCCACAUAACAAGGCCAUGUGGAGUGGGCGCGGGAAAGAAGAGGAGCAGAAGCCCGAGGGAAUGACGCUUGCGGAGUGGGAGCGCGAGCGUGUUCGGCGGAAGUUAAGGGAGAAUAGGGCCGGGGUGUAUGAGCCUGGUAUCUCCAUCCUAAACGCAGACGAUGGACGAGAAGACGAAUUAGCCGAGGGUACUGCUUCAGGAGAAGAGUUCAAGGGCAAAUACAACGACGGACUCCGCGAUAUUCCCGGCAAAUGUCGCGAAUGCAGGAGUUUAGAAGUGGACUGGAAAUGGGCCGAUGUCUUCUCGAUAUCCAUCUGCGCCGCCUGUCGCGAAAAAUACCCAGACAAGUACUCACUGCUUACUAAAACGGAAGCCCGUGAAGACUACCUCUUAACUGAUCCGGAGCUCAAAGAUGAAGAACUCUUGCCCCAUCUCGAGCGCCCAAAUCCCCACAAAACAAACUGGAAUAACAUGCAGCUAUUCCUACGUCUGCAAGUCGAAGCCUACGCCUUCUCGCCUAAGAAGUGGGGAUCGCCGGAAGCUUUAGACGCUGAGUAUGAGAAAAGACAGGGCAUUGCGAAAGCCAGGAAGGAGAAGAAAUUUAAGAACAAGCUCGAGGAUUUGAAGAAAAGGACGAGGGUGGAGGCGUAUAAACGCGCGAAGUUAGGGGGGCAGGGAGAAGGAGCGAAUUUUGGUGAUCGGAUUAAGGGAUGGGGGGAUAGACAUGUGCAUGAGUGGGGGAGGAGUGUGUUGGAUCCGGAAACGGGCAUGAUGAGGAAGAGGUGUGAAGAGUGUGGGAUGGAGGUUGAGGAGUUGGAGUUUUAA